AUGAAGAAGAAAAACGCUGCCUUGUUCGUGUUACCACCUAAGUGCCCAGCACUAGCUGAUAAGAUCAGUGGUAUCUUCGGUUGGCGGCACACUUAUCAGGUGCACCAGCGCCAGAAGGGAAUACCUCAUGGCAAUCAGUACCUAUGCAAGAGCUACUCGCUUAAUCUGCCCCGGAAGGUUGGGAAUCCAGACUCAUGGGUUGUGGUGCACCAUUUGCAGUCACAGUCGGGAAUCCUGGACCCAGAAGACUAUAUCAGAGACGUGGCGGAUGAUCGUGAGGAAAUCAUUGCCAGCUAUGAGGACGCCGCUGGUCCCGACCCUGGCGUGCAACAAGGAGGUGGCGAUGGAGCUAGUGGUAGCUCUGUUGGCACAGGAAGUCCAGACAUUUUUCAAGUCGGUGGUGGAAGCGGCGACCCAAUUAUUGCUGUAUCUGCCAAUGAGACCACUCUCUUGGGGCUCGGUUUGCAGGUUCGGCGGGGUAGUGAACCAUCAUUACACCAGAUUAGUGUCACCGAUCAGCGAAGUCCGCUGUACAACUUGAACUCCAACGGGCACGAUCAAGAAACCACCAAGCGGUGGUCAGCGGCUCCUGUGUGUCGCAGUGACGAUGCGUCAUCCCACCUGUCAGCCACCGUUGGGUCGUAUUUAGUGUCUCCUGAGUGGAACGUGCCUGAGGAAGAUCCAUCAAACUCUUCGCCACCACCACCACAACCAUCUUUCAAUCGAUCUGGCCGACUGUCGAUGCAGUUUCUCGGGACGGAGGCAACCGCCAGUGGCUACCGGUGGAUAGAGGCGGCCGAAAAAGCGGCAAACAAUCACUACCAGCAUCACCACAGUGUGAAUAACUGUUUUAGUUCCAAAUCGUUGCCACGCGAGUCAACGCGGAAGGAGCCGCUUGGGCAAGCGAAAGCAUCCGUCUACGAUUCAAUGCGAGAAAAGGAAAGUGAAAUGCUACUGGUAGUGAAUGAAGCGGGUGGCCCGCUUGGUUUGACGGCGAUUCCGGACACGGAGCGCGGAGGACUACUGGUACAGAGUGUGGAGCCAGGUAGCCGGGCAGAACGCGGACGGUUGCGACGCGGAGAUCGCAUACUGGAAAUCAAUAGUACCAAACUUGUCGGGCUUCCCGAAGGUUCUGUGCAAGAGCAUCUUCGAAAGAGCCUUGCCUCGACUGAGCUACGCUUGCGGGUGGUGCGAAACCAGAUCGGCAAAGGAGAAGGAUCUGAUAGAAAGGCUGCUAAAUCACAAAUGAUCGACGCAACUGACGAGCCAGUGGCAACAAAGGUAGCAACAGUAUCGCCAAACAGAAAAACACCGGGUAGUGGACAGUCCACUGCUACAGUUAGCUUACUACAAGCCGCGAAUACCCGCAAGCUUGGCAAACGUAUCGAAAUUACGCUUACCAAGGGGGACCACGGGCUGGGUUUCUCGGUAACAACACGUGAUAAUCCGGCCGGUGGUCACUGUCCGAUCUAUAUCAAAAACAUCCUGCCAAAGGGGGCGGCCGUUGAGGAUGGACGCCUCAAACCCGGCGAUCGCCUGCUCGAGGUUGAAGGCGUCCCGAUGACGGGCAAAUCUCAGACGGAAGUCGUAUCGAUACUUCGUGGCAUACCGCACGGAGCCACUCUUACGUUCGUUGUAUCUCGCCAACAAGAGUUGGCAGUUGAUUGUAAGGAGCGUGAAAUAGGCUUCAGCAUUGAAACUGAACCAAAGAAUUCACCACCAAAACCGCCAGCGCCGGUGAUGCCGAAAUCGUCGCUCAAACAACAUUCAACCUCUGUGGCACGAGUUGCAGAAGUAAACGGUGCUAGUAGAGGCAGUACCAACAGCGUCUCCAACUCUUUCGACGCUACCGCAGAGCGAAGCACUCGAGGAGGCAAUUAUCGAUCGCUACCGAAGCUUGGCGCCGGAGCUAGUGCAGCGUCUUCUACGGCGUCACCAAAAACACCGACCGUACAGAAAAGACCAUUGGCCUCUAUUCUCAAAUCGGCCUCCACCAAUCAGGUAGCCGAGCUACUACAGCAACAACAAGAAUCGCUACUUGGCGAUAAUGGAGAUAAUGGAAACGCCAGUGGUAAAGGAAAUAUGACAGCCUGCCCUACCAGUAAUGGGUAUUUUGGCAAUGGGUCAUUGGUUGGAGCGGCGUGGAAAAACCGUGAAAUUCUAACGCUUCAUAUCCCUGUGCACGACACAGAGAAAGCGGGACUAGGUGUGAGCGUUAAAGGCAAGACAGGCUCGUCUGGAAGUGGCAGCGUGGGUAACAGCAGUAACAGCAAUAGUUCAACAACGAACGGCAGCAACCGAACAGACGGUGAUCUUGGAAUCUUUGUAAAGAGUGUCCUGCACGGGGGAGCUGCCAGCCGAGAUGGUCGUCUCAAGAUGAACGAUCAGUUGAUGAGCGUGAAUGGUGUUUCUCUUCUUGGCCAAUCAAACGCCGAAGCAAUGGAUACGCUUCGGCGUGCAAUGCUGCAAUCAGGUGGUAGCUAUCCAGGAAAGAUUAUUUUGACUGUAGCGCGACGCAUCGGGCGUCCAGUAAGCACUGGUGAACUUCUCGAUGCGAUGGAGUUUCGAACGAUGGUCGGCAACAACGAGCAACUAGAAUCUGGCAAUGGGGGUACUACAGUUAUCUACCUUAGCCAGGACAAGCAGCAUCAGCCUCAAAAGAACUCGUCUGAUGAGAAGCAACAAGCAAAACGCUACAGUAAUCCAGUGCUCGAUAGGUUGACGGGCGGUGUUGGCUCUGGAGUUGGCGUAGGAGUCGACAGCACCAACCAAAGUUUGAUGCAUAAACAGAACUAUCAAGCGUUGCAUUCGGGCAGCUUAAAUAGUGUCAAUGGUAGUCACAAUACUCCGUAUCAUCAUUCUUCGCUGAACCAAAGAGUGCUGCCACAUAGAGGUGCAAGCGCAGGCGCAGGAGCACUUCGAAACGAAAGCUACUACAUGGCGACCAACGACCAUUGGAGUACAACCUCUUCUGCUACCAGUCUCAAUGGAAGUAACGCAGUGGUACUUAUUGAAGAAGACCCGGAACCCAAUUCGCCCACCUUCCAAUUGAUGACCGGUCGGGCAAAUGUGGAAGCUGGUGGAAAAGCUCCUGCUGGCGACGGAAGUACUUCCACACCAAUCGGUAGUAAUGCUGGAACGAGGGGAGAUGCAACUUAUGCCAGCCAAUUAUCUCUUGAGACAAACCCGCCGACGUCCGAUGCUUUUAGUCGCGAUGCGAUUGGCCGUCGUUCAAUGUCGGAGAAGCAUCACGCGGCGAUGGAUGCACGCGAAACUGGAACCUAUCAACGUAAUAAGAAAUUACGAGAGGAGCGUGAAAGAGACAGCCAGUUGCUCCUGAUCGGCAACGGUACCGGUGGAAGUGGAUCGAUGGAAUCAAUCUCUCAUGUGGCACGUUUGAAAUAUGGUGGCAACGGUGGAGGAACAGUCGGUUUGAAUUCGGUACUUGCGACUUUAACAUCCGGUGCACAUCAACAACAACAGCAUCAGGCCCUAUAUGCCGAGGCGCAGGAUCGGCUAGGUGAUCUUGGUCCAUCGCUCGGUAUGAAGAAAUCCUCUAGUCUCGAGUCCCUGCAGACCAUGGUGCAGGAGAUACAGAUGGCAGACGAACCACGAGGACCAAAUGCGUUGCGUACACCGCGAGGCCGUGGACGCGAGGAGAUUUUACGGGCUGUAGUCGAGCAACCCCCCGAAACGCAAGCCAAGAAGCACUGGCUACUGGAAGACGCACCGGUGGCCAUUUCCACCGUCGGUGUCGAGCAUCCAGACGGUGGGUUUGCGGUUACGCGCAACAGUCCCUUCCAAUCGUCGUUGAACGAUGGCAAAGGGGCGAAACUGCGAACGAAAAAGGGUGGUGGUUUGCUCCGCGGUAUCGGCCACAUGUUCCGCUUUGGCAAACAUCGCAAGGAUGGCAUCGUGCCCAGCAGCACUACCAACGGUGUAAUUGUGGUCGAUUACACAGGCUCCACGUCUAAGUCGACAUCAGCUGCUUGGAUGAACGAGAAUGGAGCAGGAAAAAGUGGAUGUGCUGCAAGUAACAACAUUCCCAUUAAUGUAGCGGAUGUGGGUAGCAAUGGUGGAUCAAAGGGAACAAACGGUGCGAAUGUCGGAAAUAAUGGAAGCAACAAUGGUACGGAUACCGGAAACUCCAGUACUGCGCCAGUUGCUGUUACUUCCCGGUACAUUGUGUACGAGCCAAAUUCGGUGGAACGGUCUGCUUCCUCCGGAAUCAUGUAUGGUCAUCAGCCACCACACUACCAACCUCCUCCCCCGCCACCCGUAGGGACCACAACUUCUAUCCAUCACACGGACGUAUUUAAUCAUCGCUAUUCGCACUACGUAAAUUAUGAGGAACUUCAACAACAGAUCAGUCGACGACAUCAUCACUACCACUCGCAGCGUUCGGCUCGCAACAACCCGCUUUUUGAUGACCAACAACUGCAAUCUCUUCAUCAUCACCAUGUCGCCAACGUUGCCAGCGCACCGCAGAACCAGAGCCUACCACAACAAAAGUAUAAGAAUACCCGUCCCGUUUCGAGCUACUACGAUGGUCUUGGUGGCGGCUAUGAAACAAUUCCUCACAGUGGUUCUUUAGCUAACUCUAAUGGCACCAACAAUAAUAGUUGCAGCUCACAUCGUAAAGGAGGAUCGUCUACCAGUAACAAUGCUGCACUCACAGUAUCGUCUACCAGUAAUGGCGGUAAACAACAAGAAGGGACAACAAGUAACAAUAACCACCGUCAGCACCACCACCAAAAACAGCAUCAUACUAGCGACUGGCGUCCUGGGGCGUCUGUAGCUUCAACGGCCACUGCUGCACCUGGUGGUACCGGUGGUGGAUCCAUGCGCAAUCCACGUGGACCAUUCGUGACACAGGUGCAAAUACAGAACCAGAUAUCUUACGAAUAAAGAAGAGUCAUCCGAAAACAACUCCUAGACUACCUGAGCUAACGACAAAAACAAAACUCUCAGGCAUGUUCUUCAUACGAUUAUUUUCGGCGCGGCUACUUUUCGAUUCGGACAACGUGUUUACGAGCAAAGGAAGCAUUUUCGGUGUAUGAUUCGUAUUUUAAAACUAGCUAACAAAAAAGAGCUCAAUUAUAAGAAAUGUAAUAAGGUUAAUCCGAAACAUUUUUAAACUUCAAAAUCAAAUUGUUUUCUUCUAUACUUCAACAUGCCCAUUGACGGGAGCAUUAUAUCAUUCUUCUGUGAAUUUAGUACUUUAUUGAUAUUUCCAAGUUUAUCAGAACAUGUCUCACUAUUUUAGUGCAGUUAAAUGCAUUAGUUAGAAAAAAAUACAUAGCCCGUGGAGUUGCUGUUAAAGCCUCAUUUCGAAUAUAUAUGUCAAAAUACAUACGGUAUUGUUAAGAUGUAAAAAACUGUACUUAACAUCUUGUAUCUUGUAACAACUUGUAAUGAAGCAAAUAAUAUAGCGAAAUACGACAAAUAGUGUCGAAGCAAGCAAGAUUGCCCAAUGUGUUAUUCGGAAAAUGCCACUUUUACGUAUUGUUCCGAGUAUGAACAAAUUUACAAUAUACAUUCAUAAAUCAUAAAUUCAUAAAUUUUCGAACAAUUUUUCAACCAGAUUAAGCCGUCUGUUGAGAAAGACGUAAAUAUAACUGCACCUUCGUUAUUUCCGUUUCAUUAACGAUCAAACGCAGUUAAUUUUUUUUGGCAGGUCUUGUUUAUGCUAGCGAUUGUAUUAUUAAUUUCUAAUACGAGUAAUUUUGAAAAAAAAAAUGUCACGAUAA